GGGCAAGCGAGAAGUAGCUUAAGCAACACGUAGCCUUGCCACACACUCUGAGCUCUAGCUCUAGGCGCCGUACACUCCCACAGCCUAACCAUGUCUCUGUCCACGUUAAUCCUCGCACUCCUCGCCAUGAGCAGCGCCGUGGCCGCUCCCCGUGCGCUGGCGGCGCGGCAGCUCGCCGGCGACGAAGCCAUCACCGUCGAGGCUGCCAUGGUGUCGAGGCACGAGAAGUGGAUGGCGGAGCACGGGCGCACGUACGCGAACGAGGAGGAGAAGGCGCGGCGGCUGGAGGUAUUCCGCGCCAACGCCAAGCUCAUCGACUCGUUUAACUCCGCGGAGGACAGCACCCACCGGCUGGCUACCAACAGGUUCGCCGACCUCACCGACGAGGAGUUCCGCGCCGCGAGGACCGGCCUCCGGCGCCCGCCGGCGGCCGCGGCUGGCGCCGGGAGCGGCGCUGGGAGGUUCAGGUACGAGAACUUCAGCCUGGCCGACGCGGCCGGGAGCAUGGAUUGGAGGGCCAUGGGCGCCGUCACCGGCGUCAAGGACCAAGGCUCUUGCGGUUGCUGCUGGGCGUUCUCGGCGGUGGCGGCGGUGGAGGGGCUGACGAAGAUCCGCACGGGGCGGCUGGUGUCGCUGUCGGAGCAGCAGCUGGUGGACUGCGACGUGUACGGCGACGACGAGGGCUGCGCCGGCGGCCUCAUGGACAACGCCUUCGAGUACAUGAUCAACCGCGGCGGUCUGACCACGGAGUCGUCCUACCCGUACCGCGGCACGGACGGGUCGUGCCGCCGCUCGGCGUCGGCCGCGUCCAUCCGGGGGUACGAGGACGUGCCGGCCAACAACGAGGCGGCGCUGAUGGCGGCCGUGGCGCACCAGCCCGUGUCCGUGGCCAUCAACGGCGGCGACAGCGUGUUCCGGUUCUACGACAGCGGCGUGCUGGGCGGGUCCGGCUGCGGCACGGAGCUCAACCACGCCAUCACGGCGGUCGGGUACGGCACGGCGAGCGACGGCACCAAGUACUGGAUCAUGAAGAACUCGUGGGGCGGGUCGUGGGGCGAGGGCGGCUACGUCAGGAUCCGCCGCGGUGUCCGCGGCGAGGGCGUCUGCGGCCUCGCCCAGCUCGCGUCUUACCCUGUCUAGCUAGCUGAUUCGGUCAGUGGUGCACGUCACUGGCUGGCUGGCUACGCUACGCUAUAAGCACCGUGCGUACCUGACACAUCCAUGGCUCAUCCGAUCGACUAAACUAGCUAGUACAUAAAUAAUCUAAAAUUAAUUAAGAUUGUAUGUGUGUGUGUACAUAUAGAUGUGUAGUAGUAGAUGAUAAAUAGCUACUGUGACGACCCAAGCAAGUACAGUAUGUGCGGGGUUGUUUGUAUUGUAUACGUAGCUGCGUCUGCAUUUAUCAUGAAAUCAUGAUGAAUUUGUACAGAUUGGCUUGUAGGAAGUUGUGACUACAGAACAUGUAUUGGGUUGCAUAUUUCACCGCAAAGGAAAUAUAUAUACAGAAGACGUAUUGGAUUGCGUA